UUGCCGGCUCCUUCGCGCUUGCCGUGCUGGCCAUCUCCCUCCUGACCUUCACGGGCUGGUUUGCCGCCCUCUACCUUGGCUGGAUCCCCGACUCCUGGCUCCCGUCGGAGCAGACUGCCACAGGGAAGGUGUCUCCCUUCGUCUUGGCACUGACUUUAGGAGUCUCGACGAUGGUUGUGGCGUGCCCGUGUGCCAUGGGGCUGGCCACGCCCACUGCCAUAAUGGUGGGCACAGGGGUGGGGGCGGCAAACGGUAUUUUGAUCAAGGGCGGGGAGGCCUUGGAGAAGGCGUACCGCCUAUCGGCAGUUGUGUUCGAUAAAACGGGGACCCUGACGCAGGGGCAGCUGGCAGUGGACCGGUUCGUGCUGUUGGAGGACGAGACAAAGGAGGAACAGGAGGGCCGAGGGGAAGGGGUGCAAGCAGCUUCUUCUUUUUCCUUAUUUGCUUCCACCGUGUGGGCUGUGGCUAGUGCUGAAAGAGGCUCGGAGCAUCCCGUGGCGAAGUGCAUUGUGCGGUACUAUUCCUCGCUUGCCUCCUCCUUCUCGCCAUCGUCGUCUCCACCUUCUUCCGUCCCUCUUCGUGUCCCUACUUUUUUUCCACCUCUGGUGGAGCCUCAAGACUUUCAUGCCGUCUCAGGAAAAGGCCUUCUCUGUCGCGUCGGCAAGCGCAAAGUUGCCGUUGGUACACGGGCAUGGCUUGCAGAAGUCCACGCUUCGCCUCCCUCUCCAGCUGCACUUAAAGCGGCCAAGGACGCCGAAACCCGAGGAAAAAUUGUGGUAUGGGCCGCCUUCGAUGGAAGGAUCGCCGCUCGGAUCGAGAUACUCGACCAACCUCGUCCUGAGGCGGAGGUUGUCGUUCAGGCCCUGACCGACUCGCUCAAGCUAGAGGUUUACAUGGUGAGUGGCGACAAUGCGAGGACGGCGUCGACCGUAGCGCGAGGACUGCGAAUCCCUCCCUCACAUGUCAUGGCAGAGACACUGCCUUCCAAGAAGGUGGCAAAAAUUAAGGAUUUGCAAAGCCGUGGGCACGUGGUGGCAAUGGUCGGCGAUGGAAUAAAUGACGCGCCGGCCUUGGCGCAAGCAGAUGUGGGCUUGGCCAUCGGUGCGGGAGUAGAGGUAGCUCAAGAGGCGGCGGAUAUGGUGCUUAUCAAAUCUGAUCUGAGAGGUGUCCUGAUGGCCAUACAUUUGUCGAGAACUAUUGUCCGCCGCAUCUAUUUGAACUUGGUCUGGGCCUUGCUAUACAACGUUGUGAGCAUUCCUUUGGCUGCAGGCUUACUAUUGCCCUGGCUGCACAUUGCGAUCCCGCCAUACGUUGCAGGCGCAGCUAUGGCUCUUUCCAGUGUCUCUGUGCUGGCGAGUUCCCUAGACUUGAAGCGCUACAAGCCGCCCAACGUCGUAAAUGGUGCUUCGAAGGACAGAGGAUGCCUCAUCGGGGGAAAAGGCCGACAGAAUAUUGAUGCAGGGGGUUGGCGACAGGUCAAUGACACAUUCGGUUUACUAGCAUAUCAAGCGCACAGAGAGACAAGUUACGGAGGUCUUUGA